GAGAGUCCUCUUCUGGUCCCAGGGCUUGGGGAUACCCACCACCGUGGUCUAGCAGGAGGAUGGACGUGGACUUGAUCCUGAAAGCCUGGCCUGGCCGCAACAGCAGCUCUACAGAAUCAAGGACAGAUUGAUUCCCUUGGGAGCUGUAAGUACUGAGGUAUUAGGGUGCAGCGAUCAUUGUUCACUGACGCACAGAGUCCCAAAAUGAAUGUCCAGGAGCAGGGUUUCCCCUUGGACCUCGGAGCGAGUUUCACCGAAGAUGCCCCCCGACCUCCAGUGCCUGGCGAGGAGGGAGAACUGGUAUCUGCUGACCCGAGGCCUGUCAGCCACAGUUUCUGCUCUGGGAAAGGUGCCAGCACUAAAAGUGAGACCUCGACAGCCACCCCAAGGCGUUCAGAUCUGGAUCUGGGGUACGAGCCUGAGGGCAGUGCCUCUCCCACCCCACCAUACUUGAGGUGGGCCGAGUCACUGCAUUCCUUACUGGAUGACCAAGAUGGGAUCAGCCUGUUCAGGACUUUCCUGAAGCAGGAGGGCUGUGCUGACCUGUUGGACUUCUGGUUUGCCUGCAGUGGCUUCAGGAAGCUUGAGCCCUGCAACUCAAAUGAGGAGAAGAGGCUGAAGCUGGCAAGAGCCAUCUACCGAAAGUAUAUCCUGGAUAGCAAUGGCAUUGUGUCUAGGCAAACCAAGCCAGCUACCAAGAGCUUCAUAAAGGACUGUGUCAUGAAGCAACAGAUUGAUCCUGCCAUGUUUGACCAGGCCCAGACAGAAAUCCAGUCCACCAUGGAAGAGAAUACCUACCCUUCCUUCCUCAAGUCUGACAUUUAUUUGGAAUACACAAGGACAGGCUCAGAGAGCCCGAAGGUCUGCAGUGACCAGAGCUCAGGGUCUGGGACAGGGAAGGGCAUGUCUGGAUACCUGCCCACUUUGAAUGAAGAUGAGGAAUGGAAAUGUGACCAAGAUGCAGAUGAGGAUGAUGGCAGAGACUCUGUCCCUCCCAGCAGGCUCACCCAGAAGCUGCUCUUGGAGACUGCUGCCCCGAGGGCCUCCUCAAGUAGACGGUACAGCGAAGGCAGAGAGCUCAGGUAUGGAUCGUGGAGGGAGCCCAUUAACCCCUACUAUGUCAACUCUGGCUAUGCCCUGGCCCCAGCCACCAGCGCCAAUGACAGUGAACAGCAGAGCCUGUCCAGUGAUGCUGACACUCUAUCUCUCACAGACAGUAGUGUGGAUGGAAUCCCCCCAUACAGGAUCCGUAAACAGCACCGAAGGGAAAUGCAAGAGAGUGUCCAAGUCAAUGGGCGGGUACCUCUACCUCACAUUCCUCGCACUUACCGAAUGCCAAAGGAGAUCCGGGUGGAGCCACAGAAGUUUGCUGAAGAGCUCAUUCAUCGCCUAGAGGCUGUCCAGCGCACUCGGGAGGCUGAAGAGAAGCUGGAGGAGCGGCUGAAGCGUGUACGGAUGGAGGAAGAAGGUGAGGAUGGUGACCUGCCUUCUGGCCCCAUGGGGACAAGUCACAAGCUGCCUUCUGUCCCAGCCUGGCACCACUUCCCACCCCGCUACAUGGACAUGGGCUGCUCUGGACUGCGGGAUGCCCAUGAAGAGAACCCUGAGAGCAUCCUGGAUGAGCAUGUGCAACGGGUCAUGAGGACACCUGGCUGCCAGUCACCUGGUCCAGGCCAUCGCUCCCCUGACAGUGGGCAUGUGGCUAAGACUACAGUGCUGGGGGGUACAGCUUCUGGCCAUGGGAAGCACAUGCCUAAGUCUGGGUCAAAGCUGGAUACAGCUGGCCUGCACCAUCACAGGCAUGUCCAUCACCAUGUUCACCACAGUUCAGCCAGGCCCAAGGAUCAGAUGGAAGCUGAAGCCACCCGCAGGGUCCAGAGCAGCUUCUCAUGGGGCCCAGAAAUACAUGGCCAUGUCAAACCCCGCAGCUAUUCAGAAAGCACAGGCAUCAUCCUCAGUGCUGGGGACUUGGCCUUUAGUGGUAAGGCCAGUGCACCCUCCAAACGAAACACUAAGAAGGCAGACUCUGGGAAGAACACCAGUGCUGAGGUACUGGGUGCCACUGAGGAUGCAGAGAAGAACCAGAAGAUUAUGCAGUGGAUCAUUGAGGGAGAGAAGGAGAUCAGUAGGCACCGGAAGGCGGGCCAUGGGUCUUCUGGGAUGAGGAAGCAACAGGCCCAUGAGAGUUCCAGGCCCUUGUCCAUUGAGCGUCCUGGGGCAGUGCACCCCUGGGUCAGCGCUCAGCUCCGGAACUCUGUCCAGCCUUCUCAUCUCUUCAUCCAAGAUCCUACAAUGCCACCCAACCCAGCCCCCAAUCCCCUGACCCAGCUGGAAGAAGCUCGUCGGCGUUUGGAGGAAGAGGAGAAGAGAGCCAGUAAGCUACCUUCCAAGCAGAGGUAUGUGCAGGCAGUCAUGCAGCGGGGACGCGCCUUUGUCAGGCCAGCAUGUGUGCCAGUGCUGAGUGUGGUACCAGCCGUGUCGGACUUGGAACUCUCCGAGACAGAGACAAAAUCACAGAGGAAGGCAGGUGGCGGAAGUGUACCACCAUGUGACAGCAUCGUCGUGGCCUACUAUUUCUGUGGGGAACCCAUUCCCUAUCGGACCCUAGUGAGGGGCCGUGCAGUUACCCUGGGCCAGUUCAAGGAGCUGCUAACCAAGAAGGGGAGCUACAGAUACUACUUCAAGAAAGUGAGUGACGAGUUUGACUGUGGUGUGGUAUUUGAAGAAGUGCGGGAGGAUGAGGCAGUCCUGCCUGUCUUUGAAGAGAAGAUAAUCGGCAAGGUGGAAAAGGUGGACUGAUCACCAUUGAGCACCAUGCACAAGGUGCACCAUCACUGAGGUGUACAGUCAGCCCAGUGGGCCACCUUGUCCUCAGGAGCCUGGUGUGUAGGGACAACACAAGAUUAUGUCAUAGGCUCUUCCUGGCUCAGUAUACCUCUGUCCUGGGUCUAGGGAAGUGGAGUCCUAAGUGGGUCCCAUGGGCUUCUCUGUCUUGUU